AUGCCUCUACAACCAAGUCAAUAUCAGGCGAUGGCAAUUCCACACGAUCCCCCUGGUGUUAUGGCCAGCAUCUACGUUGAUGGCAGGCCGCUUCAAGAGUACGUGGCUGGCAGUUCUGACACCAAAGGUCUGGCUGAACAAUACGUCGAGGCUCGGGACGGCUUCGAAUUCGAGAUCUGGAUCCGGCUAGCUGGUGAAGUCGAAUUUCGUGGCGAUAUUCUAGGCUUCUGCACCAUUGUUGACGGCAACACGACUGACCAAGCCUUUGUAACAAAAAAGUUUGUGAAAGAUGGCAAACCAUUAAUCCGCCAAGGUUGGGUGUCUUCGAAGGGUAAAGUGAUGAAGUACAGCUUCAAAACACUCGAAACGACUGAAAACGAUGGUUCAGACUACAAGAGGUCACGGGUGGCAGGAUUAGGAUCCAUCGUUAUCGAGGUCCACCAUAUGCGGGGAAGCGGCGUGUCGCAUAGCGUGUCAUACUCUGAGACGGCGACGCUGAAGGAGAAGGAGUGCAGAACCCGAAGAGUGACGUAUGUCGAUCCAGAGAAGGUGCCCGCAGGAACGAUUGUCUUUCAUUACCGCUCGUUGGAAACGCUGCUGUCAAUGGGCGUCAUCCGAAAGCCAACGUCUCGCCAGAACGGGUCGUUGAAUGAUGAUGCGCCACAUGAUAAGCGCUCAACAGCCGGUCGUGACUUGGAAGAUGGCACCAGGACAACAGCGGCUCUGAUACAGAAGAUCAAACCCGAAAAGGAAGCGAACCAGCCACGACGGCGCAAGAGACCGAGCGAUGAGGAAGUCCACAUCGACUUGGACGAUGAUGGAAAUCUUGUCCGCGAGUAUGUGGUGAAGAAGCCAAAGGCGAGUGGAGAGGUCGUAGACUUGACAUGA